GAUAAGUGUUGCUGAUCAUGGAUAUCAGCCUCACUAAAGUAGAAGAGGCUAUUAUUCAAUUUUAUGAAAACCCUAAUGGAAAAACUGACAUUCAUCAUUGGCUUACUUCAAUACAACAUUCUACACAUGCAUGGACAUUUGCAUUCAAUUUGUUGGAUCCAUGCAAGAGCAAUGAAGUGCAAUUUUUUGGAGGCAACACAGUGUACAUAAAGGUAUCAAGAUAUUGGCAUGAGCUGCCAAAAGAAGAAUAUGAAGGCCUUAAAAGAAAACUUUUGGAGAUGAUUGCUAAGUUUGCUGAUAACAAACCUAUUGUUGGACGUCUGCUAAAAGCUAUGGCAGCUUUUGUUCUGAACACAAUUGACAAUGACUGGCCCACUGCACUAGAAGACUUGGUGUCAACUUUCAAUCCUGAUGCAGUAACUGCACUACUUCCCAGCACAGCUCUAGACCUGCUCUUCUCCCUACUUAUGAUCAUUCCUGAUGAGCUGGAAAACUGUCAUGAAACCAUGGGAAUUCCACGAUCAAAAAGGAACCUCAUCAAAUCCAAAUUACACCAAAGCUCCAAGGGAGUGCUCACUUUAAUGCGACAAGUUAUUGAAGCUAACCAAGUGAGCAAUUUGGUGAAGGAAGUAGUGAUCAAGGCUCUGGACUCAUGGCUGCGCCUCCCUCUUCCUCUCAGCGACACCAAAGAUCUUCUAAUUUUAUUAAUCCCUUACAGUAAUUAUGGACUCUUGUGUGAGAGUGUGGUGGAGUGUCUCCGCACUGCCUUAACAGAGUACGACGGUAAAACUCCACACACCACAAUGCAGUUCAUUGUACAGCUUCUUCAAUUAACUUCUGUGCUUGAUGAGGCUCUUAAUGCCGAAGACGAGAACACUGCAAGUUUGAUCUACGGUUUAUUUACUUCAAUUGUUGAAAAUCAUUCAAAACUUCUUUUAAAAGUUGCCCUGGAAGACCAAGGGGAGCAGAGGGCUGCUGUACUACAGUUGGUGUCUCUGCUGGUGCAGUGCAGUGGCACUCCUGGCCAGUACCCGACACACGAGACGCUCUCUAACAUCCCAUUCAGCGUGUGGUAUACAAUACAGGACGACUUGUUAUCGUUUGAGGGCAACGAUCGCGUGCUGCUGAUGUCGCUGUUCUCUCCCGUAUACCUUCAAUUAGUGGACACAUUUUUGCACAAGAGCCUCUUGCCUCCUGAUGAAGCCCUGACUGCUGAAGAAAAAGAGCUCUUCCGCUGCUACAGACAAGACAUUUGUGAUAGUUAUAUGUACACUUACUUCAUAUUGAAGUCUGCAAUGCUGGAGAAGAUGGAGCGACAUUUGGAGCAGUGCAUUGAGCGAAUACAAAGAGACUCCCGAGACUGGCGGCCUCUUGAAUCAUUACUACACGCAUACGCGUCAGUCGCUGAGACUGUGGCCGAGUCAGACACUGAACACGUUCCCAGAUUUGUGCAAUGUAUGCCUCUUAUUCCUUUCGGUGACAAUGUCCAUCUCAUAACCGUGGCCCUGUCAACCCUGGGUGCGUACGCGGACUGGCUAAACUACCACCAGGAAUUCUUGGAGUUCGUCAUUCCUCUCAUGAUCGAGGCGCUUGACAACGAGCACCUCGUAGGAUCUGCGUCUCAGGCGCUCAGGGAUCUCACUCUCGAGUGCCCGGUCACGAUCGCGCCUUUUGCACCUCCUAUUCUCAACGCGUGCCAGAACGCGCUGGUGCAGUUCCCCCAGUCCGACAGCGCUGUGAAGGAACGCAUCAUCACAAUCAUAGCGCGGGUGCUGAGUGUGGGGCUUGAACAAGAAGUUAUUAUGAAGCAUCUUAACCAGACCCUCACGCCCAUCAUAUCUCAAGUCGAUGCCAUCAAAACUGCUGCCCAAAUCACAGGCCGGCACAGCAAAGAACAACGGCACCAGCUUGUUCAUUUAGUGAAGCUUCUAUCAUGCCUCGCCCGCCACCUCAACUCGAACACCACAGCCUUCACGGAUCCUGUCAACCACUCCGGCGAUGGUUCUUCGGUGCCGCCGUCAUGUGCUGCUGCAGGGGAUGCUGUGGUGCCAGGGUCUUCUGAACCCUCUCAGAUCCAACACUCUUCCGUGAGCAGCAAUAGCAGCACCGAGCAGCCUCUGUUGAUGGUGUUGCGUCUCGUACUUCCAAUACUGCUGGAAAUCAUUGACAUUGAACUUCAGCCUGAUAUCAUUGAGGUGGUGUGCAAGCUCCUGAAGAACAGCUUAAGCACUCUGCUCUCAGACGUGGAGCCUCUCAUUCCCCUGCUGCUAGUCAUGGUGCCUAAACUGUACUGCACUUCCCUGCAUCCUGCCGCACUCGAUGUCAUCAAGCUGCUCUCGGUGUUGUUUGGGUCGCCGUGCAGUGCGCACGUAUCGCAAAUGCAAGGCAUGGUGGAAGUCUCCCUUCAGUGCUCGCUGGAGCGCCUCAAGCCGGACCUGUGGCGCCACACGGACGUCAUCAAAUCCUUGCUCACCUUCGCCACGAACCUCGUCAGGAAACAGAGCCACAUGCUCCACCCCAGUCACGUCCCUGCUCUUUAUGCUUUAGCAAUCCAAGCCCUGAACUUGCCAGAGGACUACACCGUUCAGGCCGCCACCGCCUACAUCAACCGCUUCAUUCAAAUCAGCCGCGAGUCUAAAAUCGUUCACUUCGAGGCGAUCGUCGUCAACCACAUGGAGAUCUUGCUGCGCACCGUCAUGAACUGCGCCUGUCAUCCUCACCGGCAGAAUUUCCCGCUGUUAUGUGACCUGUUGAGAACUCUUUGCAAGUUCUAUGCGGGCCCGCAAAUGCUGGCUUCUUUCCGGAAAAUAGAGGCCGACGACUCGUUCCUCGGACAGCGACUCUCAAGACAAGACAAGCACAAGUUCACAACGGGUGUCAUGGGCGCUAGUACCGUCCGAGACACGAUGGCUGCGGUGACGGACUUGGCCCUCGCCAGUCGUGGUGUUGCGAGCACAGAGUUCGGCUCGACCUUCCCUGCCAUCCCUGGAGUUCCUUACAUGGAUCCCAGCGCCCUCACACCCCCGCAUGUUGGUCCAUCCCCACCUUAAUGUCCUGAGUGACAGGCGUCACGAGUUACCGUGACAACUGUCCCGAGACACGCCCGUAACACCUGCAAGUGACAUGUCCGUGACACCUGACCUGUGACAUGCCCUUGACACCUGUAAGUGACAUGCCCUUGACACCUGCAAGUGACAUGCCCUUGACACCUGCAAGUGACAUGCCCGUGAUACCUGCCCCGUGACCUACCUGUUCCAGCCCGUGACGCCUGUCACUUAUAGGAGUUAUGUUCCUUACACGCGUCAGACUUCGUCCAUCGUUCAAUGGAUAAAUUUUUUUGCUGCUCUUCUUCUGAUGUGAUGAUGCGAUGCUUGCUUCCGAUGGUCGGCAGGACUGCAGCUCCUCUCGAUCGCUAUCUGAAAUAUUGAAAUGAAAUUUGUGGACAACAGUUUCUUGGGUUUUUUCUCGACUUCAUUCUUCGCUUUGGUGGUUGAUAGUGUUUGAUAUACAUACUUUGACGUGUGUAUUUUUUAGCUGAUUAAAAUUUUGAGUUUAUGACUUCAAAUUUUUAUCUAAUAUUGACAUACAUUCAUUUGCUUGGAGAGAAGUUUAAACUUCCUUCAAUGGGCUUAUAAUUUAAAGUAGAUUUGCAUAAAAAUCAUGAGCUUCAAAAUAACUAUUUAUUGACCAUGAGUAAAAAAAGAAUUGAUUUCCUCAUGGAUAAAUCAGCAGUUGUUUAUCAUGAAGCAUUUACUGUGAUAACAUUUUGAAUUCAAUAACAUUCGCCCAUUUUUAACUAAGUUCAAUUUCUAAUAACUGACAAUCGCCAUUUAAAAGUCGCGAUUAUUUUGUAAAGAUCGGUUUUGUUUUCUUUAGAAUUACUAAGCUUAACAACUAUGAAUCUCGGUGUGAAUUUGUUAUAAUUGUUUGUGUGUUGUUUUAAUGCAUACUUGAUAUUUUAUUGAAGAUUCCGUAAAAUUGGAUCUUUUUCACAUUGUUAACAUGGAUGGCACUGAAUCGUUCUAUCAUUUCUUUAGAUAGAACACGUUGCAUAAGCGUGUUGUGUUCUGUUUUAUUGUUUGCGAUAUUUUGCUGAGUGCAAAAUAUUUACUUGUUUUUCAAGGAUAUUUGCAUAAGCUGCCUUCGCUUUUUAUUUGAAUCGAAGGCAUUGCACUGGUUUCAUGGCUAGCGUUUCCCGCCAUUAGAGUCGCAUUCAUAAAUUAAUUUUAUUAAAACUUCUAGUGAUUUUAUCUAGGAAACGAUACACUAUUGAAAUGAUAUCCUGGUAUCGUAACCUAAAAUUUCAAGUAUAAUUCUGCAAGAAAUGAUAGUUGUUGCUCAUCAUUCUGGAGUUAGGCGAGUGGAGGAACUUAACAAAACAAUACAAAAAAUCAUGGUCCUUGGUAUAUACCAUAUCUUUUUUUUCUUUUCUUUUUUUGUUGAGGUUAGCGUUCAUGAACACUUCAUCCUUUCUUUCGUUUUGCACGCUCCUUAUUAUACGGGUAUCAAUAUACUUAUUAUCCUAUUACUUUCUUUUAAAUUGUAUAUUCUGUAAAUUUGCUUGUAAUCGACAAUAAUCCGUGGAUUUUCGUUUUAAGUUUCAUUGAAAUAUUUUUCUGUGCAACUGUGUAAUUGGUUCUGAAACAAACUUGCAUUGUUUUGACAUGGCAUGAUAAACAUUCUUUGUUUACAAAUCCCUGAAACUUAUUUACGAUUUUGUCUAGAAUUUCAGUGUCAUGCAUGCAUUCUCUCUCCUGAGUUCAAAUCGUUUGUAUGAACCUUUGAGAGUUGCGCUGGUGUAUUAAAAGUGAACAAUAAGGCGGGUCUACAAAAUUUAGACAUUUUUUGGAUUAAAUAGACGUUCGACUGGGGCUUCUUCGAUCACUUUGCAUUCUUAGUCACUCAUCACCAUUCAUUGCGAUCAAGUUCUUAUUUUUGUUAGCUAAGAGUGUAAGUACAAUAAGCUCUCUUAUAAUCAAUGCUGUGUCUCUGUGGGAACGCUUUCUAGAUUUAAAUUUUCCACACAAUUUACUGCUCUCUUGUGCGAUGAAUUUUUGCGGUUCAUUUGAGGUAGCAAUUGUGUCUUGAAAUUUAUCUUGAAACGAAGCGUUAUAGUGAGCGUUAUAUUCGUACUACAAACUCCUCCAUAUAUAACAUAAGUAGAAACACUUCUUGCUGUAUCAUUCUGUCACAACUUCUUCCUAUGUUAGAAAAUUUAAUGAUGAUUCGUGUUCAUUUUGUGAAAUUUUUUUUUGGCUGUUGUGUUGGUUUGUUUUUGUGUUACAGCGUUUUAAUAAUUUCUUAGCACAGCUUUUCUCCACUUUUGUGCUGCGUGCGUGUGUCGUUAUUGUUUAUAUUGUUCAAAGUUAUUGCUAGGCUUUGGCCGGUCGCGAUCUCCCUGCAUAAAGUUAACUAGUAAUUUAUAACGCAGGCUUUGUACUUACUUUAUUUUUUGAUCAAACUAUUUAUAAGUCUGCCGUAAAAUGGGGCCUGUUUUUUGUGGCUCAUUUCAGGCAUCAACAAAGUUUUGAUUCUUUUUGUACCUGCUUCUCAAAAAUUUGAGGCAUUCCGUCUUUCUCGCUGCGUAACAAUAUAUUUUCUGGGUUGAACCAUCUUAUUCAUAUGGUGCACUCUGGUAAAAUUCAUGGGUCAAAUAUUCAAAUAAUGACACACGUGCUGCGAUGGAUGAAAUAUGCAUCGCUAUUUGGACAGAGUUUCGUUAAUUUCUCUAAGUGGGGCCAAGUGAGUUGAUCUUACAAACUUCGUCAGGUUUUAUUCAAUUUUUUUACUGUAAAACGAGCAGCUGCUACGGUGUAAGUCGCUGUAAGGAUAUAAUACAUAUUGCAAUUUAGAUUAAUUCGUGCUUAGUUUAGAAAUUUAAAUGCAUGUUCUUGACAUGUACCUAGUUUAGCAGAAGACGCUGUAGAAACUGUACAAAUUUGUGAAAAGCUGCUUGUACAUUAUGUGCAUUUGUUCCUGGUUAUUUCCAACGAAACAAUCCUCAUGUUCCCUCAGCAUUUCAAUUCUAAGUUAAAGUUCGCCAAUUCUGGAGCUAAAUUGUUUUGUGCAACGUCAUCACAGUAAAAUAUAAGCCGUC